UUAGGGCACAUGCAGUUUGGCGUGUAUCGCGACGACUGUGAAGGCAUCCAUCCUGACAUAAUCGAAGAAUACUAUGGGGUUCACGGCCAAACUACAACACGGCGGCAACAUCAGACUGGUGCUGGACACCCUAUUGAUGAAGAAGACAGUGAUAAUGACGACGAACCUCUGAAUGUGGUUGAGGCCAUCAACAAUCAGCAAAGACAACACAUCCACCACGAAGCCAUUGUUGUUCCAUCACACGGGAAUCCUUUCGUCAAUGACGAAACACAACAGCAGUUUUCUGCCACCCUUGAUGAAGUUAUUGCCGAGGAUAUCACACCACACAAUUGCCGACUGACAGCAACUGAGUGGGAAGGUGAUGAAUAUCCAGUCUUCGAGACUAUUUCCGUUGGUCGACGAGGGUCCAAAGAACUCCAUAUCUCACUUGCUGAACCAAUCUGGUUUAAUCGAGCAAAGCUAUGGUGUCAAGCAUUAUUAGUCUUGUCAUAUUUUUUAGCGAGUGGUAGAGAAUAA